GUUGUCUUCCGGUUUCGAACAAGUUAGUGUUAUUAUUACUCCUGAAUAAUUAGACACACAACGUCACAAGGUCCUUGGAGAUUUGUGUUUAAUUUGAAUUUAUAUGGAUCUUGAACAACUACUUAAAGUAGCUGAGAAAAAUAAUGGGAGAAAAUCACACAACAGCAAGGAUGUCAAGUAUUUCAAUUCAAAGGUACCUCCUCCAAAGAAAGAUCCAAAAUCCAAGGUGCAGCCAAAUGCAAUCAAGGCAUUUAUGGCACGCAAGGAAGAGGAGGAGCGAAAGAAAGAAACCUUGGCUCACCAGAAGAAAGAGGAGCUGCUUGCAGCCAGGCAGGUCGCCGGUACUGCGCGCAAGGCUCGUUCGAUGGCCACACGUACCAAGGACAACCUCAAGGACAAUUCCAACUUGACGCUCGGGAAGCGCGAGACGCAGAACUAUGAGGACGCACGUCGUAAAUUCCAGGAUAAGGUGGAUCGGCUCAAGAACGAACGCCUGAAUCUCAUCGAGACCGAGGUGAAGGGUGGCAUUCAGCCCAGUGCUGUGAGCACCAAGCGCGAGCGAAACGAAGACUCUAGCUGCCGCUCCUCCGACAAGAAGUCGAGAAGCAAUAAGAAGGAAUGUGCACCGCCGUCCAAGACGUCGUCCUCGCACAAGCGGAAGCCAGAGGGCGCCAGCGGCAAGUCACGUAGCUCAGCGAACGGCGACGCGGAAAGACACGAAUCGUUGGCGCCGAAGCGCGAGAUUAAGCGGGCGAGGGCACCACCGCCGCCGGCCAUGGACUUUGCCGACCUUCUGCGGCUCGCAGAGCAGAAGCAGAAGCAACCCGUGAUGGAGAUGCCGACGCACAUAGAGGUGGAGGUCGAGCGGAGGUCGCCCGAGAGGCUCCUCACAAAGCGCGAAAAGGAGAAGAUGCAGGCGUCAGCCGACCGGAAGAGGAAGUCGCAUCAGCCCGCGUCGCAGCCCGACGCAAAGCAGCCGAGGCAGGAGAGCAGCUCCAGAAUUAGUGAACGCAAGCGGUCGGGGCAGGAGAAGCCCAGCAGUAAGUUGGAAGUGAGGCGACCGGCGGAGAAGAGUCGGCCGAAGGAGACGGUCAGGGAGCGCGGUAAUCAAAAUAACAGUGUGAGUGAGCAACGGCUCUCACCUGGACGCACGAAAAACGAAAAGAGAACGAACAGUACCUCUAGCAAACCGCAUCGUGACAAACAUAAACGUGACAGUCACAGGCAAGAAGAGCGUGAGAACAUCAGCUAUUCUAAGUCGGACCAACACGGUAGCAGUCACUCGGGCGAUAGCAAGCGCCGAAUCCCGUCUUCCUCGCAAAAUGGCAAAGUGGCGAGCGGCAGCGGUGGCAAGCCGCUUGAGUUUGACAUCAACGCGAUCCUGGCGGAGAAACGGAAGCUGGAGGAGGAGAAUAGGAGGUUGAAAGCGGAAAUGGAACAGUCAAAGUGCUCGAGUAGAGGCAGCGGAGACAAGCACGUCGUGAGUACGACUGCACGGGACGACGUGCACAGACACCACACCUCCGGCAGUCGGGACAGCGUACAAGACAGGCUCUCUGGGAAGACUCCCAGCAGAGACAUCAAUUCGGCGUCGGGGAAAGGGCGGCCGGCGGAGUUGAGCAGACCGGCGAAGAAGUCGGCCGGCAGGGACAUCAAUGCGGUGCGAGCGCCGAGCAAGUCCUCAGCGCAGCCCUCGCCCGCAAAGCGUGUCGCUACGGAGACGACGCAUCACCGGUCGUCUCGGCCGGACGCCUCCAAGUCUUCGUCCGGCGGCAGGCAGUCGAAGCAUGCGUCGGCGCCGGCCAGUUCCCAGCACGACAAGCAGUCCAAGUCGAAGCACGACAGGUCUGCGAGUGCAUCUCACCGGGGCUCAUUGGCGGUCACGACUAAGGACAGGUCUAGUCCCGUGAAGAGUAAGCCCGCUAGGUCGAAGCAUCGCGGGAGAGCCGCGAGUCCCGCGCCCGUCGGCGACAUCGACUCGAUGAAGAGACAACUUCCGCUGCCUCCGAUCGGGGAGAAGUAUCGUCGGGAACUUCCUCCGAUAGGUGCUUACUACAGGAGUGGAGCCGCAUAUGAUGACGAUGAGGAGGAGGAGGAUUCAGACAUGGAUGGCUUCGUCGUUGAUGAGGAUGAGGAAGAUGAGGAGGGAGGCGACUACUCGAAGUACAUUAAGGAGAUCUUCGGCUACGACAAAAACAAGUACAAGUAUGAAGACGAUGAUGAGAUCAUGGAGUCCAGCUAUUCUCAAAUGAUGAAGGAAGAAGCUCGCAGUGAGCGUUUGGCUGCUAUAGAAGAUAUCGAUGACAUGAAGAUGGAGGAACAGAUGAAACAAGCAAAGCAGCUACGGCUGAAGAAGCAGCGCAAGUAACGCAUGCUGUCACCGACACGAAAGACACCACUACGGGAGAUACUGUACUUGGGCAGACACCAGAACGGUGGAUACCAUUACCGGUAGGUGCCUUCAUGGAUCAUGGAUUGACAGACACUGGAACAACAGAUACUGUACUGGCAGGUGCCCAUCGAUGGCGGCUUCCAAGGUCAAGGGACACUGGCUGAAGGAACAAUAGCAUGGAGGGAAACUGUCUCAGAGGUCAAUGGCUUGAAGGAUAUGAGGAUUUGGAAGACGUUGAUCUGCCAUACAAUGCUAUGGAGGGGCAAGAUCGUUGAAGGAGGUGGCUUGAGGGACACUUGGAUUAAAAGACACUGGUGAGUAGGGCGUGAAGGA